AUGGGCCGCGUACGUGAAACAUUGACGCCGAAUGAUGCGGAAUAGGAUGGAGUACUUGCUGUGGGAUUUGAAGAGGAACCGAUUGUGGUAGAAAGCAACGUAACGGUAGGAGUUGCAUGUCGUUUGGGUAAUGUUGAGCUGACACAACAACUGCUGCAUGCUGGAUAUGGAGCAUUUCCGGAUGAUCGUUCGUGGUGGCCAAUUCAUGAAGCUGCUUAUGGAUUGCAUUUGGAAUGUUGUAAAGUGCUUGUUGAUAGUGGACGUUGUAAUGUGAAUGCUGAGGCGCAUGAUUCUGUUACACCGCUCAUGUUGGUUUGUCGCAUGUCGUAUAGGCAUGAUGAAGCUCUUGAAGUAGCGCAAUACCUUCUUGAUAAUGGAGCGAAUCCAAAUAGUCGAACUUUGGAUGAAAUGACCCCACUGAUUCAAGCUAUUAAAUCUAAAAACACUGCUUUGGCUUUAUUAUUAAUUGACAGAGGAGCCAAUCCAUUCGACGUUUGGUAUGAUGGAUGGUCGGCGCUGCAUGAAUCCGCAGAUACUAAAGAUUUGGUUGUGAUGCGACGACUAAUCAAUUUAGGAGCGGAUAUUUUUGCCGUCGAUACGAACAAACACACAGCAUUGAUGGUUGCUGUGCAAGAAAAUUUUUAUCCUGGCGUAAAAUUGCUUUUGGAAGUAGCUGGAGAUAAAGCAGCUGAAUUGGCUGAUAUAUCAGUGGAGAAUGGAUUGACUUGUAUCAUGGCUGCUGCUGAUGCUGGAUUUGAAGAUAUUCUUUCAUUACUAAUAAGUCAUGGAGCGGAUUGUAAUAAAACUCAGCAUCCAAUUUGGGGCGAUGAUGGUAGUCGAAUACAUGCAAUUGCUGCUGCAGCCCUAAAUAAUCACCCCAAGUGUGUGGAGUUACUUAUACCUCAUGUUAAUAAGGAAAUGUUGAAGGAAACAGAAGUUGAUCCAGUAUCAGCAGCUGCGUAUAGUGGAUCAUACGAAUCUAUUUGUUUGUUGCUCGAUGCUGGUUUUUCAACCGAAGUCCCAAUGUGUUCUUGUGAACCAGUUGGCAUGAUUAUUCCAUAUUUGCGGCCGUUAUUUUCACGUCGAUAUCAUACGCCAUUACGUGAGGCUGUUCGGAAAGGAUACACUUCAAUUGUUGAAAGACUUCUUAAGGCUGGUGCUAAGAUGACAUAUGUAAAAGACUGUUUUUCGCCAUUCUUAUUUGCAUUUCGAAAUCGCAUCGAUCCUGUUAUCCUAUACAAAUUUUUGGAAAAUGACGUUGACAUCAAUGCUAUGAGUAUUGAGCGAACAUGCGAUGUACCAGAUGCAUUAGUAAGUGCCUUGGGUACCUGUAAUCGCCGACAGCUGUUUUUACUUUUGAGUUGUGGUUUGGAUCCGGCUUUGAAGAAUUGGUGCAAAUGCAAAAAUGGCUAUUCAUUGAUGUAUGAUGUUAUGCAGACGACAUAUGUUACAGAUGUUGAUAAAUUAAUAAAACUUUUGGUGUUCUUUUCGCCUGGUAUACCAAAUUGUUGUAAUCAAGUGACAGAAAUUAUCGGUGCUCAACCUAAGGUUCCUGAACUUUUACACUUAAGUCGUCUUGCUGUGCGGAAGUGUUUUCGAACGUCAAAGCUCUUACAUGGUCGAUUUUUGGAUGAUCUUCCUAUUCCGAAAUCCCUGAGAGAUUACAUGACUUUCCAAUCUAUUCCAAAAGAAUUACUUCCAGGUUAG